CACCUGAUUCUCAGAGAGAGUUAGAGAGAGGGAGAGAGAGAAGGAGGGGGAGUGCAAAAGAGAGAGAGUGAAGGGGCGAGACUCAGAAGUUUGCAUCUGGCAGUCAUCUAUUUUAGGUUGACACAGUGCAUAUUUCAUAGCGGGGCUUCUGCACACAUACACAGGAUUCAAAUCAUCUGGAAUUAAUCGCCAUCAUCACCACCACCGGGAUGAGACAUAUCAAAAGGCCCAAUCGAGAAAGAUUUUCCAAACAUCGGGAGAAAUUCCUCCUCUUCUUGUGUCUUUGUGUCCCCGCGAUGGAAGCCAUUCAUCCGGACUGCGCCAUCAUUGUUCAGCACCUGAGGGCCGGCGAGACUUGCAAGCAGGCGAGGAAGAGAGAAGUUGAGAACCAGACGACGCACAGCGGAUGCCAGACGGAGUGGGACCAGAUUGGAUGCUGGUUGAGAGCCGACGUAGGUCAGGUGAUCAACCUGUCGUGCUCUGGCAUCUUUCAGCAUUUCUCCAGAGGUCGAGGAUUCGUUUACAGAAACUGUACAGCAGACGGCUGGUCGGACAUUUAUCCGCCCUACCAGGAAGUGUGUGCUUUUAGCGACGACAGUGGACCCGAAUCAGAGACCAGUUAUCUGUCCACUUUCAGACAAGUGUACACCGUGGGCUACGCCACAUCGCUCAUCUCGCUCAUAACUGCCGUCGUGCUGUUCACCGCUUUCAGGAAGUUCCGCUGCACCAGGAACUACAUCCACGUCAACCUUUUCUCUUCGUUCAUCCUGAGGGCCAUCGCAGUCUUCGUCAAAGACACGGUGCUGUUCGCCGACGAGACGGUGGACCACUGCUCCGUGUCCACGACGGCGUGCAAGUCGGCCGUGGCGUUCUUCCAGUUCAGCAUCCUGGCCAAUUACUUUUGGUUGCUGGUGGAGGGCAUGUAUCUGCAGACCCUGCUGGCGCUCACCUUCGUCUCCCAGAGGAAGUACUUCUGGUGGUACAUCGUGAUUGGAUGGGGCCUCCCAUCGACGAUUCUCAUCGCCUGGGUGCUCAUGAGAUUUUUCUAUGAUGACAGAGGUUGCUGGGAUGACACUGACAACGUUGGCAUUUGGUGGAUCAUUAAAGGUCCAAUCACAGCGACGUUGCUGGUCAACAUCGUCAUCUUCAUCAACGUGAUCCGCAUCCUCGUCCAGAAGCUCAAAUCUUCCGCCAUAUCCAGGAACAACGACACUGGACAUUUUAUAAAGCUGGCGAAAUCCACGCUCUUCCUCAUCCCUCUGUUUGGGAUGCACUACACUGUGUUUGCCUUCCUGCCCGAGAACACAGGUGUGGCAGCCCGGCUCUACAUCGAGUUGGGCCUCGGAUCCUUCCAGGGCUUUGUGGUUGCUCUGCUUUACUGUUUCAUGAAUGGAGAGGUGCAGGCGGAGUUGCGGAGGUGGCUUUGGAAAUGUCACAACCAAAGUCAGCGUAUGCCAGCCAAGCGAAGCAUCAGUCAGUUUAGUGUUGGAGCACACGCGGGGCUACAGCGGCCCCCCUCCACCGGCAACAUCUCUACUGUAUGACCGUAAGCAAAAACUGAAUGGACAUUCAAAUCCACAUUUUGGGUUGUGAGAACAAGAAGGUGGAUUGACUUGUUCUGUGCUGCACUGAGCCUUUUGAGGGCACAUCCUGUGUGAGUCUUUGUGUUUAUACCAUGUGUCAAAAGUGUUUUAUGUUGGGCCUUAGGAAA